AUGUAUGCGGCUGGGGCCUGGGCGAAGUCCACUGCAAAGCUGGCAUCUAGAAAGCAACUCAAUGUCGUGCAAAAAGGCUUCGCCCAAAAAAUAUGCAGAGCAUACAGAACGGUUUCGCUCAACUCCGCACUCGCACUGUCCGGGAUACUGCGUCUCGACCUCCGUAUCAAAGAGGCUGCCACACUAUUUGAGAUUAAGAAACGAAAAAAGGAGCACCCCUACGGAGAUAGGGAGGUCGAGAAGGAACAAUUUAAAAUUUACACGGACGGGAGCAAGUUUGAGGGCAAGGUCGGGGCCGCUUUUUCCUUAUGGAAAAACGACCUCGAAAUUGAGUCCAAAAAGUUUAAGCUGUCGUCUCACUGCACCGUAUACCAAGCUGAACUCCUGGCUCUCCGAAAUGCAACGGUGGUGGCCCUGGAAAGGGCUGGAUAUUCAUUUGGAAUAUUUAGUGAUUCCAGGGCAAUGAAUGACACCUUAUGCAAUAGUGAGACAAGGCACCCUCUAGCAGUACACGCACAAAAUAACAUAAGCCAGGCAACACAAGCAGGGAAAACAAUCUCGCUAUACUGGGUGAAGGCCCAUGUGGGGAUAGCAGGAAACGAGAGAGCGGAUGAGCUCGCGAAAUACGCCGCGCUACAUUUAAAAACUAAACCUGUGUACGAUCAAUGCCCGGUCUCAUUCAUGAAGAGACAAAUCCGAGAGGACACUCUCCAUGAAUGGAAUCGGAGGUACACGGAGGGACCCUCCGCAUCCGGUACAAAAAUAUUUCUGCCCGACGUCUACAUAGCCCAGAAAUUUAUAAAGUCAGAGAGCAUAAACAUGCACCUCACGCAAGUACUCACUGGGCACGGCGGGUUCUCGGAGUACUUGAAUCGCUUCCGCAGCUCAAACAUGCCGCUUUUGCUGCAAGACAACAGUGAACAAGACGCGAUUUUGAUUCAAGCAUGGGUCAAAGUAGCUUUUUAA